GUUACCUUCAUCUGAGUGCAUCCGGAUACGUGAGGAGGUGCAAAUGAAACUUGAUUCAACCAUGCCAUGGAUAGGGUUAUAUAUUACAGUAGCGACUGCCGCCUGCGUGCUUGCUAUGGCGGCUGAUUACUUCAUGUCUUCUAUGAGCAAAAGGUAUUGGCAAAAAUGUAAGUUCUUCUCUCUCAAUGCUUUCUCGUUGACAGUAGUAGCUGUCACCAUGAAGCUGCCGGUGGAUCUAACAAUCACAGACAUCACGGACGAAGAUCAACUAGCACGGAUCUGCAGCCUUGCUUUCAUGAUAUCUUUGGGUCCACGGAGGAUAAUGAAAUUGUGCCCAACAUCGCUGCUUUAGGCAUCUUAGUCAUUACUAUCACGGGAAAUGUAUGCAUUCAUAUUGUUCAGAUACUUCCAUCCAUUUCAGGGAUGGUAUACAUGUUUCCCGAACAAAUCUUAUCUCUUAUCAUCAUGCUCCUCUCUCUUGCAAUGUCAUGUUCUAUGUCGUUGAUGGUUCCUAGCCCCAAAAGGUACAUGGAAUUGAAAUAUAAUGAGAUGCACAAAGAGAUUUUAAACAGACAAGUAGAUAAGAGUUUUGAUGAAAUCCGAAUAUUGGUGAAAGGGUAUUGGGUGAUGGCAAAGACCGCUAGCCCACAGUUUGUGCUGGCAAGAUCUCUCGUUUCUUCUACUUCAGCUCUCUUGUGUAUUUUGACAGUCCUACUAUUCUCCUACCUAUUUCAAAUUGUUGUACGUUUCCAUUUGUCCGGUUCAGAUUUGAUCAUUUAUUGUGAAUAUUCAGACUAUAGCUGGUCCAUAAGAAGUAUUCUAUUAUGUCAAUUUUUGGGAAUGAUCGUUGGAAGUAUUGGUCCUAUAUCCAGAUGGUUCAUUGCUUGGACCAUCAAGGUUACAGAGACGGAGCCAACGAGCUUCAGAGAUGAACUCAAGGUUGACAAGUACUGGACUUCGAAGCUUGUAGAGUGGAGGGAAACACCACUUCCCUUCCGAAUUCGUAACAGAAUCUGCAAGAAGCUACUUUAUGAUGUAGUAAGAUUUUUUCUAAAUAUCUGCAUUGGAGCUCAGAUUCUCAUUGUUUUAGCUGGAAAACUGGUUGUGUUUCUCUCUGUUGUAUUUUGGAGAGUGUGUUUCUUUCGUUUUUGCAAGAAUUUGAGAGAGGGAGGAACCGAAUCUUCAAGGGAUGUGGAUUUUAGGCAAUAUGUCAUUCUACUUGAAGGUGAGCCACAAUUGCCUGAUAAAAUGGUCAAGGGCAUCUGCAAGAAGGCGGAUAGCAUGAUACGGGAAGGCGAAAAAACCCAACUUAAGAGUCUCAUCCGACUUCUGGGGAAAUCUCCAAACUUCAGUGGGGUGAGACGAUUUGACAGCAACCAAGUUCAGAGCUUGCAUUCUCAAGAACCUCCAAAUUGUUGGUCUCUGCCCAUCGCGACUUUGACGACUAUUUCACUUGCACUAACCAACACUACAGAUGAAGAGGCUAACCAACUAUUGGCUGGUGUUACUGAGGGCUUGUCAAUUGUGAAGCUCAUCAAGAAAGCUGUGGACAGAAAUGGGGAGUUGGAAAGCAUCAUAAAAGCAGCAGAUGCGGUUUGGAUUGGAGUUGAGAUAUACAGAAAAUGGGAUGAUAUAGAUCUUGACAGCACGAAUGUGAGAGGUGCAACGCACAUAGAAACACUGCAAAACCUCUUCGAUGCUGCAAAAAAGAUUGUGACAGAUUUCAUGGCUCAACCAGGAAGUGUUCUGAUGCAGAACCCUCUAAAUUGGCCUGCUAGAGUCAUAGCAGCUAACUCAAUGUACAGGAUUGCUCGGACAUUCUUGGGAAGGAUGACAAAUGGUGAGCACCAAAGUGAUGUCGAUCUAUUUGAGAGUAUAUCCAUCACCUGUUCGAAAUAA